GUGACCAUCAACUACCCCAUGGAGAAGGGCGCGCUCUCGCCGCGCUUCCGCGGGGAGCACGCGCUGCGCCGCUACGCGACCGGCGACGAGCGCUGCAUCGCCUGUAAGCUGUGCGAGGCUAUUUGCCCUGCGCAAGCCAUCACGAUCGAGGCCGAGGUGCGGGCCGACGGUGCGCGCCGCACGACGCGGUACGACAUCGACAUGACCAAGUGCAUCUACUGCGGCUUCUGCCAAGAGGCGCGCCGCCCGUCUCAAGAUGGGGGAGAGGGGGGGGGGGGGGGCAGCCGUUUUCAUGUCCGGCGCGAGCUGCUUUACGACAAGCAGAAGCUGCUCGAGAAUGGCAACAAGUGGGAGACGGCCAUCGCGGCAAACAUCGCGUCUGAGCACGUCUAUCGGUAA